CCCAUAUGCUACCCAGGGAUGGAGGCGAGAAUACUACAUGCGAGGAGAACGCAAGGUAGUAAUGACCAAGGGGCUGGUGUUGAAGAUGAAGCCUCAGCAGUACCACGUGAGAGCAUCUCAAGUCGUCCCCUCUCCGCUGCAGCUCGUCUCUAUGUGUACGCACUGCACGGCUGCCUCUGUGAGGUGGCCUUCACGGCUGUGUGGGACUGGUGCAGCAGCCAGGACAGGAGGCUGGCAGGUCACAGCAGCCUGUGGGCGCUGCCUAUGUACGCCACCGCAAUCUACCUCAUGGAGAUCCUCAGAGACCGGCUGCUGUCUCAGCAUUUCCCACUGCCAAUGCGUCUGACGGCCUACACCCUGUUUAUCUAUCUAUGGGAGUUCAGCUGGGGGGCGGGGCUGAGGCUGCUGCAGGCCUGUCCCUGGGACUACUCUGGCCAUAGGUACAACCUGGGAGGACUGGUGACUCUGGAGUAUGCACUGCCGUGGACUGUGGCAGCAUUUAUAGCUGAGCAGCAUGUGAUAAGGAACACUCUGAGGAUAAGACUGCACAACUGAACUCAUUAAAUCGGGAAUACUGUGCUUCCAAAAGCAACUACUGAACAUUGUUUGAGGAACAACACCACACCUUUGGGAGUUUUUGACAUGAGUAUGUUAAAAAAGCUGGUGCACACGCUGCACCUUACUGAGCUGUGGCAUUAAAGCUGGGGUAGGCAGAGAUCUGUCCCCUCUGUCCUAAGCCCUUACCAUCAGAUGUCCAUGGGCAUAUGCACACACUUCACACAGUAACCAAGUUUCUCGAUACAUUGAAUUAUCUUUUGUGGGAGAAGAGAAAGAGAUUUGGUCAGUAGCUGUAGUGGCUCAAAUUCAGCCAAUGCAACUCCCCCCUUCCCCACUGGAUGUCACAGCUGGCUGGUAAUCAGCAGCAGCAGUGCCAGGUUUAAGCUGUGUAACGGCAGCAACAGAAAGUUUGCUGAUCUGGCAGGGAGUAGGGUUUGCGCUGGCUGGAUUUGAGUUGCUGCAGCCGCUGACUUGGGGUCAUUUUUCAGAGCUGCUGCCCGCUUUCCUCCCGGUAACAAUGUCUGUAGUGCCGGGGAGUGAGGUGGAGGACACACUGUGAUUCAAGGUUCUAAUUAACGUUAGCUAUUUAGACCAAAACAUGAAGCCACAGCUAUGAACCUUUGGCUCCAGUUAGCAGAAGGAUAAAUUAUUAGCAACAUUUUCUCUCAAUCUUUGAAACACUAUGCUAAUAUUGACUUGUGUUUGAUGUAGUUAAUUUUCAGACUCUCUUUAAGACUCUAUUUUUAAUGGGUCAGUCUUCCAUUUUUGAGGACGCUUUGCAGUGUAGUCAGUUGUUGCAAAUAUUGGAAUAGCAACUUUCUCUGUAGGAUUUUAAGCCAUUCAAUCAGGCCUUCACCAAAGAGAUGUACACUCUCUUACUAAAAUGACCUGUGAUUGGCCAAAGUUUCUUGUCAUCUGCUAGAUUUUCUAAAGCCUUAGUUAAGUAAGUAAGUAAGUAAUAAAGGGAUUUUUGCCCAGUAAUGGCAAUUUUCAAGUCAGACUGUUGGUUUUUUUUUUUGGUUGUUGUUUUUUUACAGACUGAAAUAAGACAAAAAAUGAACUGACUGUAUAUCAGCUUUAAAGGAAUCAUGUGGCAUUUUGGGAAAUAGGUUAAUUUCCAUUCUUGCUGGGAGUUUGAUACGAAGAUACACACCACUCUCAUAUCUGUCUGUAAAAUAUGAAACUACAGCUAUGAGACAGUCGGCUUGGCUUAACACAAAAACUAGAUAUAAGGCGAAGGUGGGAAUCAACUCUAACACUUAUCAUUAUUAUUAUUAUUAAUACAAUAUUUAUUCAUAUGCACUUUAAUGAUCAGGCUACAUUUGCAGCUUUUCUGAAAUACUGAAAUACUAUCUGACUCUUUUGGACUGCAGAGUGAAUAACAUGUUUACGUGACAGCUUGCAGUCAGUUUGAUGCACUAAGAAAUGCAAUUUUUAUUCACUAGAAUUGCUCAUGCUGUCCAUGAUCAUAAGAGUAGCAGACACUGUUAGGAGAUCCAUGUGUUUUUUUGCAGUGGAUUUUUCUAUCACUAUGUUUAUUGAAUAGUUGUACCCAUUACAGGAAGACAGUUUCAUCAGUUCUGGAUUUCUUUGGAAAAGCUGGACUUGGCAUGCACCACAUGGAUAUAUCACAUAACAACAGUCAUUGCUUGUAAACUUGUUGAAACCUGUGUUUGGAUAAUUUAAAAGGAUUAUUACCCUGGAACUGUGACUGUAGUGUGGGUAUUUUGAAAGGGAUUAAAGUGUCAGCGAUUUUUUUUAUGUCUUGUGUUUUUCACUUCCAGAGUAAUUGUGUAAUUA